AUGCAUCGCGGCGGUGGAGGCGGGCGCAAAACCCUUCUUGCUCCCAUUCAUUUUAUCUUCAGUUUGCUCCAAAAGCGCUCUACGGUCUCAAUAUGGCUCUACGAGAACUUGCGCACGCGGAUCGAAGGCAAGAUCAGGGGUUUCGACGAAUUCAUGAACUUGGUAAUUGAUGAUGCGGUUGAGGUUCAGCUAGCAACAAGAGACGGGCCUGAAAAAAGACGACAACUUGGACAAAUAUUACUCAAGGGCGACAAUGUUUCAUUAAUUCAAUCAUUGGACUGA